GGCUUGUGCAUCCUCAUUGGUAGAGUUCUUCGUACAGCGUGUGUUUUCGCAUCGUCACCGCCUCACGGGGCCCUGUUUGAAUGAGACGGGACGUUAUCCUUCCUUGAUCAAGUGACGGAACCCCUAGUCUUUGCACCAUGCCCCAGUACACAGUGAAUGUUAAGUGGGGAAAGGAAAAGUUUGAGAAUGUGGAGCUGAAUACAGAUGAACCUCCUAUGGUGUUUAAGGCACAGUUGUUUGCUCUGAGUGGAGUUCAGCCAGACCGCCAGAAAGUCAUGGUCAAAGGAGGAACUCUAAAGGAUGAUGAAUGGGGAAACAUCAAAUUAAAAAGUGGGAUGACCUUGUUAAUGAUGGGUUCAGCUGAAGCACUUCCGGAGGAGCCUGCUGUUAGACCUGUAUUUGUUGAAGACAUGACCGAGGAGCAACUAGCUUCUGCUAUGGAACUACCUUGUGGAUUAACAAAUCUUGGGAACACUUGUUAUAUGAAUGCCACAGUGCAGUGUAUUCGCUCCGUUCCUGAACUGAAAGAUGCACUUAAAAGGUAUGGAGGUGCUUUGAGAGCAUCAGGAGAAAUGGCUUCUGCUCAGUACAUCACUGCAGCACUUCGAGAUUUGUAUGACUCAAUGGACAAAACAUCUUCCAGUAUCCCUCCAAUUAUCCUCCUUCAGUUUUUACACAUGGCAUUUCCCCAGUUUGCAGAGAAAGGUGAACAAGGGCAGUAUCUUCAGCAGGACGCCAAUGAGUGUUGGGUGCAAGUAAUGAGGGUGUUGCAGCAGAAGCUAGAACCAAUAGAAGGUGAUGCUGACAUGGAGACAGAUUCUGGAGCAGCUGCAACUGCCGCAAAGAAGAAAAGUUUCAUUGACCAGUUUUUUGGAAUUGAAUUUGAUACAAAUAUGAAAUGCACUGAAUCUGAAGAGGAGGAGGCAACUAAAAGCAAAGAAAAUCAUCUUCAACUUAGCUGUUUCAUUAACCAGGAAGUGAAAUAUCUGUUUACUGGACUAAAAUUGAGGCUUCAAGAAGAUAUUACUAAGCAUUCUCCAACCCUGCAAAGAGACGCUUUGUAUAUUAAAUCUUCUAAGAUCAGCCGUGCACCCGCCUACCUGACUAUUCAGAUGGUCCGAUUCUUUUAUAAAGAGAAGGAGUCUGUGAAUGCCAAAGUUCUCAAGGAUGUUAAGUUUCCUCUCAUGCUGGACAUAUAUGAAUUAUGUACACCAGCACUUCAAGAACAGAUGGUGCCGUACCGGACAAAAUUCAAAGCGCUUGAAGAUAAAGUGCCAGGCCAGCCAACAAAAGUAAAACAAGUGGCACAGAAAGAAGUGCGGUAUGAACCAUUUGCCUUUCCAGAUGAUGUCGGUUCUAAUAAUUGUGGUUACUAUGAGCUGCAGGCAGUUCUCACCCAUCAGGGAAGAUCAAGUUCCUCAGGACACUAUGUUUCCUGGGUCAAAAGAAAACAUGAUGAGUGGGUUAAGUUUGAUGACGACAAAGUAAGCAUUGUAUCCCCAGAAGAUAUUCUGCGGUUGUCUGGAGGAGGAGACUGGCACAUAGCAUACGUUCUUCUCUAUGGGCCUCGGAGAAUCGAAGCUCAAGAGGAGGAGGCUGAACAAUAAUGACAAUGACAUUCUGCCAUUUUAGUCAUUUUGCCUAGGUGUGAAAUAAAUGUUCUUCAUUUAGAAUUUAUUCUAUUUGAAUGUUUUUCCCGCCAAUUUUGUUAUAUUUUUUUUCUUCUUUUAGCCAAGGAAUUUUAUUUUUUUCAGCAGCAUUCACCAUGUUAGAUAAACAGAAUAUUACAUUCUGUUUCCAUAUCCCAAAUUGUUCUGGUCAGAUUUGCUGCCACUGCCUAUUUUUGAAGUAUACUUUAACUUUCAAAGUCUUAAUAUCAUUUUCUUUUGAUUUUUAGAUUUGGAACUUAAAGCAAUACCUGUGGGUGGCAGGUGGGUGGUGCUAUUUUUUAUUUUUAGCCAGUACCUUGGGACAAAAAAAAGUAAAUAUUUAUUGCACACCUACACCAUUCGUUGUUAUAAAUGCAUGGUUUAUACCACGUUACCGUCCUUUGCCUUAUCUGACAGCUCUGCCAGGAAGGAGGAGGGAUACUUGUUACUUCAUUGUGACAGUGCUUCUGCCCAUAACUUAUGACUUGGCCACAAUCACGUGUCCAGCCUGACCUGCCAACUGUUGCUGGCAUUUCAUGACUUCCAAAUAAAAUUGUGAUCAAUCUA